AUGAACAAGCUCGCACCCAUGUGCCAAUACAGCGCUGACGACGGCCAUAUGACCCCGUGGCACUGGGCACACUAUGGUGGUAUUGCUCAGCGCGGCCCAGGAAUGAUGAUCAUAGAAGCCACCAGCGUCCUGCCCGAGGGUCGGAUCACUCCUGGUUGCGGCCAGAAAAUAGGAGUUCAACUUGCCCAUGCCGGCCGCAAGGCGUCUACCGUACCCCCCUGGCUAGGUGGGGCCACUGCAACAGACGCAGUCGGCGGCUGGGUUGAGCACGUCAAGGCGCCGAGCGCUAUCCCCUUCGCUCCCGGGGGUAUCGUGCCCAAGGCUAUGAGCAGGGCCGAUAUUACCGAGCUCAAGGAGGCAUGGGUGGCUGCCACGAAGCGAGCUCUAGCAGCGGGAGCAGAUUUUAUCGAGAUACAUAACGCUCAUGGAUAUCUGCUUUCCUCUUUUCUGAGUCCCUCUUCCAAUCAGCGCGGAGAUGAGUAUGGUGGCAGCUUUGAAAAUCGCAUCCGGCUCUCCCUAUAG